GUCCUUCCCUUGUUUCGAUUCGAUGAUGUGUCGAAAGCCAACCAGCCGUACCGCAUCCUGUGGGAAUCUCAGCGUUUGACCUCUCUCUCUCUCUCUCUCUCUCUCUCUCUCUCUCCAUACAAUGUACACACCCGAACCCCUAACCUAAACAACUCCAACGAAAUUCACAGCAGAGGCAGAGCAGGUAAGAAUCAAUCGUAAGAGAGAGAGAGAGAGAGAGAGAGAGAGAGACAAGACCUGUCAAAGCACCAGGUCGGUGUCUAUGGGACUCCAAUAGCUAGACGUUGAAAAAAUGUACAAAGAGAGAGAGACAAACGCAAACGCAUUAAAUUGCUUCGAUUUUCAGUUGUAGUAGUACUCCAGUAAUUGCCAACCCUCACCUACUCUCUCUCUCUCAUCUCUCCACACCAAACAGUUAUCUACUUCUACUACUAUUUUCCGAUCCCUAAAUUCGCCCCCCUCAAUUCUCAUUUCGUCGUACUAAAUUGUCGUAGAAAAAAAAAAUACUCCUUUCAGUUGAGAGAGAAAGAGGGAGAGAGAGAAAUCUAAUGGGGAAUAUAUUUUGCGUAAGAAAGAAGGAUGAGAAAGAGAGAGGAGGGUCAAGGAGCAAGAGGAUGUUGGGAAAUGGUAGGUCGCAGAGGAAAAUGCAAGCGGAAGAGGAGUUGAUUCACAGGCAGGCUCUGUCCAUGGCAAUUCAUCAGCAGCUUUCUCAGCGCUUCGAAGGAGGAGGAGGAUCCAUGUCUAGGCGAAUCGGCCCGGGAUCUACUAGCUCUCGCCGCCAACGCGCUCUCUCCGAUUCCUUCCCUAAUACCAAACAGCUUCCAGAAUUUUUGGAGAGUUUGAGAACAAAGAAAAUUGUUUUAAUACACGGAGAAGGAUUUGGAGCAUGGUGUUGGUACAAAACUAUUGCCCUAUUGGAGGAAUCAGGAUUGCUUGCCACUGCCUUAGAUCUCACAGGAUCUGGAAUAGAACUGACAGAUACUAACAAGAUCACUUCCCUUGCGGACUACUCAAAACCAUUAACUGAUUUUCUCAAUAACCUUCCGGAGGAUGACAAGGUCAUUUUGGUUGGUCAUAGUAGUGGAGGUGCGUGCAUCUCGUAUGCUCUGGAGCAUUUCCCCGAGAAAAUCUCAAAAGCAGUCUUCCUUUGUGCUACAAUGGUUUCUGACGGGCAGAGGCCUUUCGAUGUGUUUGCAGAAGAGCUUGGGUCUGCUGAACUUUUUAUGAAGGAAUCAAAAUUCCUAAUUUAUGGGAAUGGCAAAGACAACCCUCCUACUGGCUUCAUGUUUGCGAAACAACAAUCAAAAGGUUUAUAUUUCAACCAAUCCCCAUCAAAGGAUGUUGCUUUGGCCAUGGUUUCCAUGAGACCCAUCCCUCUUGGUCCCAUCAUGGAGAAGCUGUCUCUGACACCUGAAAAAUAUGGUACUGGUCGGCGAUUCUUCAUUCAAACCCUAGAUGAUAAUGCUCUAUCGCCCGAUGUCCAGGAAAAGCUGGUCAGGGAAAACCCUCCUGAAGGAGUAUUCAAGAUCAAAGGCAGUGACCAUUGCCCAUUCUUUUCAAAGCCACAGUCACUGCAUAAAAUUUUGCUUGAAAUUGCGCAGAUUCCGUAGCUUAAAUUUCUGUACAAUUAUUCUUUUCCACCUUACCGGAAGAUACCUUUCCUUGAUUUCGAUAAAUAGAAACAGGAGCUGCUUUCUUCCUCUUCUUUUGAAAUCUGGAUAUAGGCAUUAGGGAGGGCUGAACUUAUUUUCUAUCCAUAGCUGGUUAAUGUAAAGAUAAAAGUUAUUCUUUGGUCAA